AUGGCAUCCAAUAUCAACAUUUUACAAUUACCUGAUUUAGUAUUAUAUAAAAUUUGUUCUUCUAUCAAAUGCCCUGUCGAUUUAUUGCAUUUUGGAAAUACUUGUACACAGCUCCGAAAAAUAUCAAUGUCCCGAAGAAUUUGGUGGAACCUUGCUUUUGAAUGGUGUAAGGGUUACUGGUUCUUUAUUAAAGAAUAUCCCACGGAUGAAAAUCCAAGAGAUUGGGUACUUAACCUUCUAAAACAAUGUUCCACAUUUUCAUCCAGCACUGAACUAAGAUGCAUUUUUUCAAACGGUGAACUGUGGCAAAGAGUUGAAUCUAAAAAAUUCCGUUGCUUUCUUGGCCUGCUAAGAUGGGCAUACAUCAAGGAAAAGGAGGAUCACCCCGCCAUCCUUUACGAACAGUGGUUAUAUGACAUUGGUCUUUAUUGUCGGUUAGGUCCUCCCAUGGACUUCUCUGCCGACAACUUCGAGUUUUCUGAAAAUUCGAUAAUAGAGCUGUGUAAACUUGGUCAAGCUGCAGAACGUGAUCUUCGAAGAAGAAGACAGCCAAACAAGGACCCUAAGUAUUAUGUCAAACGUAUAGCCAAUUCUGAAGGACAGUGGAUGAAAGAUCUUUUUCCAUCAGGAUCCCAUGGAACUAUUUGUCCUCUUCUGCUUUGCCCAUUUGAAAAUUCCGAUUCAGGUGAAGUCUCAGGCAUGCAAGGUCUUGCAGUCUGUCUCAGCAUCGCAUUGGAGAAGCGCUUGUACAACCAGUAUAAAACAUACUUAAACCCUGUACAUCAAUUCUGCGAUGUUAUCAAAGUAUUCUCUACAGUGUUUAUUUCAGAGAUCAAUCUUGCCAGAAAUCAGCUUAGUACUCGAGUAGAUUCUUUAUCUUUGAAAGAUACGAUAAUGAUGUUAGUCACAGAAAAUUCAUUCAAUGCAGAAAAUCUUGACAUUGUCAUUAACCUUUUUGAUUUAACAUUUAGCGUCAAGGAAAUUCUCCAAGAUGUUCAUAAUUUGUUAAUUGAGUAUGGCAGCAUUGACUGCAUUGUGGAUAGUGUUAGAAUGCGUUUGAGGGUAGCCAUGUUGGAUGAAAUCACUAAUGUGUUGUUUCCUGCAGGCUGCAAUUGUCAUUUAAUUACCAGAGUCAAUUUAACUGAUAGUGAUUUAAUUGGGGGUGAUAAUGCGAAGCAAGAAAUGUCUGCUGCUGCUUUUAUUUCAAAGUAUGGUGUUUUGGUUACUUGGCAUUUAGUAGGUCGAAUGAGAUUUUAA